GCGCGCGCGCAGCCCCUUCCGAGGGCCGCGCGGCCGCCGAGAGACCCGGGUCGCCGUCGACCGCGCAGCAGGCGGCGGCGGGAGCGCGAGCUGCGGCCCGCGGCAGCGCGGCAGGAUUCACAGAUGGAUUCAGUGGAAAAGACAACAAAUAGAAACGAACAAAAAUCAAGUAGAAAGUUUUUAAAAAGCCUCAUCCGGAAACAACCCCAGGAGCUGCUCCUGGUCAUCGGGACUGGCGUCAGCGCUGCGGUGGCCCCAGGGAUCCCUGCGCUCUGCUCGUGGCGGAGCUGCAUCGAGGCCGUCAUCGAGGCUGCCGAGCAGCUGGAGGUGCUGCACCCAGGAGACGUGGCCGAGUUCCGGAGGAAAGUGAUGAAGGACCGGGAUCUGCUGGUUGUGGCCCACGAUCUGAUCCGAAAGAUGUCACCUCGCACAGGUGACACCAAGCCCAACUUCUUCCAGGACUGCCUGAUGGAGGUGUUUGAUAGCCUGGAGCACCAUAUCCAGAACCCGGUGGUGCUACAGUCCAUCCUCAGCCUGAUGGACAGGGGCACCAUGGUGUUGACCACUAACUAUGACAACCUGCUGGAGAUCUUUGGGCAGCAACAGAACAAGCCCAUGGAGUCCUUGGACUUGAAGGACAAGAUGAAGGUUCUUCAGUGGGCAAGAGGCCACAUCAAGUAUGGAGUUCUUCAUAUUCAUGGCUUAUACACAGACCCCUGCGGGAUGGUGUUGGAUCCGUCAGGAUAUAAAGAUGUCACUCAAGACCCAGAAGUAAUGGAAGUUCUACAGAACCUGUACCGCACCAAGUCCUUUCUGUUUGUGGGCUGUGGCGAGACCCUGCGUGACCAGAUAUUCCAAGCCCUCUUCCUUUACUCAGUGCCCAACAAGGUGGACUUGGAGCACUACAUGGUGGUGCUCAAAGAGAAUGAAGACCAUUUCUUUAAGCAUCAGGCGGAUAUGCUGCUGCAUGGAAUUAAAGUGGUGUCCUACGGGGACUGUUUCGACCAUUUCCCAGGAUACGUGCAAGACCUCGCCACACAGAUCUGCAAACAGCGAAGUCCAGAUGCUGAACGAGUGGACAGCACCACAUUAUUGGGUAAUGCAUGUCAGGACUGUGCAAAGAGGAAGCUGGAAGAGAAUGGAAUUGAAGGCUCAAAAAAACUCAGACAGUCAGAUGAUGCUGGAGGAUCUUGAAAUCUCUAAAACCAGUUAAGAUCUACAACUUGAAAGCCAGCCUUCUGUAACCACAGUGCCAUGCCCAAGUGAUGAGGAACGUACAGAGGAUUCCAUGUGGAUCUCAAGCCUCAAGUCACAUGCCCAAGAGCCACAUGGCUGAGUGACAGCUCCACUGUAUGUGCUUAGCUGCUUGGGAGUGACAUGGACACACUUCAGGUACAUUUUGUAAGGACUGAUGGACAGCUACCUCAGGGACCAAAUCAGUGGGAGGGAUGUCCCUGGUAUUCCCAAUUCCUAUUUGACAUGCUCUCUUAUGUCAAGAUGACAUUUUUCCUAAUAAAGGGGGAGAGUAAAGAUUGUCCAAGCAACAGUAGUUGCCAAAGAGAAAAUACGAACUGGACACUUAGUUUACUAUCAUUUUAUGUGGAACAUCUUUACCAUAGAAAACAUUUUAAAGACAUGUUUGUUAUGUUGUAAAGGAUGAGUUGAUGGCUCAGGCACUGGACCCAGGGCGUUUUUAAAGACAACUCGAUUAGUAGGGCUUCUUUGGAAUUACAUCAUCUUGGUAACUUCUUUUCCAAAGAGAUGGCAAGUCUGACUCUUGCUAGGAAGGGUGAAGUCUCAAGAGCCAGAGGGUCUGUUCCAAAGUGCUGGUCAGUGUCGUGGAGGCUGUCCACUGCGUGUCUGGUAGUUGAGAAAGCACAGCGGGGCAGGAGACGGCUCUGCACUUUUAGAUCGUCAGUUCUGAGCUUUCCAAGUCUUACUUCUCUGGGGCUAACCUUUCUGUUGUUUCCUAAAACCACCUUCCAUGGAUCACAUUAAGGGGAUUUGCAGGGAGGUGGGCAGCGCCUUGUGAAAGGCCUGCACUUGAAACAUCCUCGGUGCUCAUCCGCGUGGCAGCAGUGGUGGCCCCUGGCAGUGCUCAUGGCGCCUGUGGCCCAGGCUUGCGUGAUGCAGUGAAAGCUGAAGACCAAGGCUUCUCUUGAAAACAAGCCCUGCCUGGUCUCAGCUGAGGCUGCCCGUCUGUGAUGUGACAUUUCUUGCCAAGCCCUGUGAUCUCCCGUUGACACAGGGAAGGUUAAGCACAAGAAUGUCAGGUUGGGAUGUACAGGGACUGGAGAAGCCAGAGACAGGACGGAGACUUUCCCCCUUUUGAAGCAUGGACAACAAACCUUUUAUGUCACUCUGCUCAUAAAUAAAAACUUAACAUCAA